AUGCAAUGUCCAUUGUGCAGAGAAUCCGUGGCGGACGACAAUGCUCUCCAAGUACAUUAUCUCAUGAGCUGCCUUGGCUACCUCGAAAACGCUUCCACAAGCCAGCAUAAACAAGGUAUUUCCGAUACAAACAUGACAUUUAAUAACAUUUGCUUCAAAUUUAGCUUAUCUUUGUAGAUUUUAGCUUUGUAUGGCAUGUUUAAACGUAUCUUUUUGCUUUUAUAUAGCUCCGCCAAGCAAGAAAGUCGUGCAGUUCAGAUGGAUAAAGACGAAACCAACGUUAGCGCGGGAAGUUUAUUUAAUCAGUUCCGUGGUAGGUAUUUGCCUCGAUUGUUUAUCUUUACAAGUGCUUUUACCAUUGAUAUAGUUGAAUAUUGGGUUAUGUUGACGGGAAAUUAAAAAAUGCAUAUAGUAAAAAGCGUACAUAGUACAAAAUUUGUACUGUGUUUACUGUUGACAUUAUUCAAAUUUGAGUGUUUGAGCUUUUCUUGUGGUGUUCGUAUAAAUACGAUCAUUACAGAGGCAAGCUGUGUUUCAGUACUAGCAGACCCCGAGUAUGUUGAGUAGAACAUGUCCCAGACUGCAGAGUGGGACAAUUGGUCCACACUUUCCUCUUCAGUAAUUUUGCACACUUGACCAACUAUAUAUACACAAGCACAAUGUCAACGUUUUCAGCAAAGUCGUUUUGCCAUUACUAACUUCCUGAGAAGGGUCCUUGCUCUAAACGUUCACAUUGUGCUUGUAUAUUUCCCUCUCAAAUCCACAACUGUGUUGUUGAUUUGGCCCUUUUGUCCCACUCAUAAACCUCCAGUCAAAGACGAUUGGAAGCGAGUAAGACUCUGAGGGAUAAACAGAAGAAAGACAGUAACCCAUUUGUGCUCUGUCACAUUUUAAUUGUAAUUGGCAUAGAAUUCUACUUUCCUGAAUGUUUUUGAGACAAAAACAAGACACGUUUUUCGGAGGAUAGGAAGCAUCUGCAGUUUUGGUAAUGAAUAGCGUCCCCUAACUUAUUCCUUUUCUGUUUAGGCUGGGUCUGUCAAGCUUGAAUGGCGUCCAAUUGAUGAAUGUUUCCUAUCAGAGCAGGUGGAAGUAUCGCAAGGACUACAUGUCUGUCAACUGAUUGUGGAUGGGGAUUCUUUGUCGACAGAUGAUUUUAAUGUUUCUGAUACAAGUAGAACUAUUGAUGUUUUGAUCUCUGAAGGUAUGAAACACCUUGCUGUACCAAUUGCAAUAGGCAAUUCCAGCUUUUAGUUUAUGUGUGCAGGGGACAAUGGGAAGUAAGGUAUCACAUUGCUGAUUAUGCUGAAAAAAUACAAAUGGUGGCCUUGUAAACACAGAGUGAUGCUUAACCCAUUAAGCGCCAGUGCUCUCCCCUUGAUGAGUAAAAUUGUCUGGCGUUAGACAGAGUAAAAUACUAAAGUAGGGUGGAUCAGGGUGCAAUGCGACUCAAUGUGUUAACUAGACACAUGGGCAGAUAGGCCAGUUAACCCAUUAACGGCCAGCGCUCUCCCCUUGACAAGUAAAAUCGUCUGGCGUUAGACAGAGUAAAAUACUAAAGUAGGGUGCAUCAGGGUGCAAUGCGACUCAAUGGGUUAAUUAUACUUGUAAAUACUGAAACAUUUCGGUUGUUUCGGUAGUUUUUAUUGAAAUUUUUCAGCAUAAUCGGCAAUACGAUACCUUACUUCCCAUCAUCCCUUGCAGGCAUAAACUAAAAGCUGGAAUUGCCUAUUAUACUGUGGUGACAUUCAUUGACACAAAUCAUUUGUUGUCCAUAGCAGUCAGAACUUUAACAUAACUUGUUCUACAGAUUUGCUGUUAUGUGGUGUUAUCAUUCAGCCUGCAAAACUGUUUCAGGCCAAAAUCGUAAAAGCUCACAGAGCAGUUUGCAUGACAAAAAAUUUUCUCCAUGAUCCGUAGUUGUUCCUGCAUUUCACAAAUUUUGCCCUAAUAAAACGGGAAUUUUCUGUUUUAUGUUUCUUACCCAAUGAAAGUUUGAGUACUAUCUGCUAAAUUAGGGGUGCACCGGAUUUCAAAUCCGGCCGGAAUUCCGGCCGGAUUUAACGAAUUUUCCGGCAUCUGGUAUCCGGCCGGAUUUGGAGAAAAUCCGGCCGGAUUUAAAUUUCUGUUUUCACCUUAAAAAUUCACCAAGAAUGGGAUAAACCAUCAAUUUGGCAGCUUUAGAGUUUAAAAAACACUUAUAUUAUUAUAAAAUAUUAAGUUAUUAACAAAAAAAUAUUUUAAAUUAAACACAAUCAAAAAUCUAAACUGACACUAACUAAAAAUCGUAAAAUACAUAAACCGCCAUUUUGAAUACUGAUUUAUCCACAAUUGUCCCCAUUACCGGUUUAUUGUAAAUCCGGUUCCGGUCGGAUUUGAAAAUUCCAAAUCCGGUGCACCCCUAUGCUAAAUAUCAAGCAAAUUUACAAGAUACUGGGUACUGCCAAAUUUCUAUACUUCACUGGAUAAAUCUGGCCCGUCCCUGUGAUGAAUUAAUGUAAUUUGUAAUAAUUUAGCUUCUCAGGCUGAAGAAUCAACAGGAAACACAUCCGGAGGUGAAAAUCAUGAACUUCCCACACAACAAAAACCUCAUCUUGACCACACAGAUGAACAAGGUAUAAUGUCCCUGGGUACUUUGGUUAACAGACUGCGUAGUUAUUCCUGUGAUAAUUUGCAAUUUAUUCCAUGACAGAUGGCAGAUCUGAGGUCACCACACGACAGUUGCCUCCCGAGGGUUCUUUGUAUCGUGAGCUCUUAAAACAUCAAGUAAGAUUAACACUUGAACUGUCUGUCAGUGUAGAUAGUGCUAGUAAUAUAAAACAAGCUUUUGUUGCACCCUGAAAAAUGUAAGCCCUAGGAGAGUUUCAAGUGAAGAUCCUUCCUAUGGAGAAGGGCCCUCCCUUGAAUGUCAAAAUUCUCCUUAUGAUUUUCAGGUAUUCGCAUUCCUACAACAAAAGCUUGUUCAUAGUAAGAUUAACACCAUUUCCAACUACUUUUUGCUGGUACCAUAUGACUUUUUCAAACCCAAGGCAGUUAAAACUGUACUUACUGUAUGUCACUCUAUGUGUAAGUUGGACAUGUCUUUGCAAGAAAUUGGUUGGACUAAGGGGACUACGGAAUAUUGGUGUUGAUUUUGGUUUUAUAUAAUUUUCCUUCGUAGUUUCUGAAUGAAUAUCUUUCAGAAACCUGUACUUUAUGAAUUUCAUUUUAAAGGCUAAUAAGCACACCUUGAGUCUCUCAGUCUUGAGUUUGUACUAGUUUGAGUAUGCAGCAAUACCUAAUUAUUUUCCAUAUCAGAAUGAAUAUGUUCUUAGUACAUAUUUGAUCAGAAUUGCAUGUCUGCACUCUGGUCAGGUACAAGACUUCCACUGACAUUACUAUUAUUAAAAAUUUAAAACCUAAACCUUGUUCUGCUAGGUUGUUAUAUGUGGUAUUUUCUUGUAAUGAAUAAGAAAAAUAUCUUCUUCAGAUUUUGCAUGGUGACUCACUGGAAACAUUGACUGGUGAUGCCAGUAGUGGACGACGGGACAGGACACGAGGCCAGAGAGGAGACAGGACACGAGGUAAUGGUGUGGCUACCAGGAUCUCUCGAGAUCAGAGAAGUGGACAAGACUCUGCUCACAGGGAAUCUACUGGUGUUCACAUCACAAGACCUGGUCACACAGCUCGUUCAGAUAUCUCUGAUCUUCCCAAUGAAAGGUAGUGUUGGAUGAUAGGUUGAUAGAGGGGACUCGUUAUUGAUGAAGGGAAUUGUUAUUGAUUUCAUGACUGUGUCUAUCUCUGUGUCCAGGGUUUGAUUCCUGCAAUAUGCAGUUGUUCAUUAUAAUUUCACCUCCAGUGUGACUACUCUGGCUACCCUUGGUGGCUUGGUAGAAAUACUAGGUAAAGUCAACUAGAUCAAUAAGACACGAUCCUUACUGGACCUCCAGGGAGAACAGUUUAGAACUGAUAGAGCUAUCAGGCCAGUAUAAAUAAAGUUAGUCGAGGUUUCAACAGUAAUAACGCUGGGACAACUUGAUGUCUUUUGAUAGACAAAGAGAUGAUGUGUUAAGGGAUUCAAUGAGCUCUGAUGAAUUACAACAGUUUUUACAACCAACAAGAACUCGUCAAGAAAGCAAUGGCGACGCAGGCAAUGCAGAUGUGGGUACAACAGAAGACAGAGAGUCCUCGCUUUCAGAGAACGAAGGUAAGAAGAGUACAGCCCGAAUUACUUGGAGAUUAUGAAAGAGAUCAUAAACAUUGAAAAUUGUCCGUAUUAGAGAUGUUUGCACCCUUAGUAUUUCAUUUUUUUUUCAUCCAGAUCAUUCCGUCAGUCUAUCGUCUCACGAAGGUUUGGAAAAACGACCAGAACUUCUUGGCCAAUCAAAUGGUGAGACUGAGUCACGUGUUCAACCUGAUACUCGUGUAUCAGAUCAAGACCCGGAUGUUGACGCGAAUCAUGAAGAGUCAGUGAGUGAUCAUCGUCAGGAAACACUGCUGGUCGAUCUUCGUGAACCGUCGUCGGGAAGAGAUCGGGAAGGUUCGUCGAUGGGUCGUCGUGAUGAGUCGGGUAGUGAAAGAAGGUCGGAUGACAAUCGCGAAGGUACGUCAGGUCUAUUUUGAUUGUUUGUCCAAGGUGUGGUGAUCACCCGGGCUCGUACACGUGCUCGACAAGCAUUUUAGAAAUGGCGAGGGAACUGGAGUACCCGAAGAAAAAUCCUCGAAGCACAGAAGAACCAACCACACUUACAUGAGUUUUCAAACCCAGAUAAGUUCCCCAACAUAUCUCCUACCCUCGUCCUACAGUAGCAGACUUAAGUCAAAUUUAGUCUCACUAAAAUACCAACAAUUGCUUUAGAUUGGCACUGUAGUAUCAUAAUUAUAAAACAUUUUAAAUCAACAGGUUCGUCGAAGGCUCGACAUCGGGUACCGUUGGAUCGAGGAGAAACCACUGGUGAUCUUCCUGAGAAGUCGUCAGGGGAUGAUCGUCGGAGGCUGUCGGAUGAUAGUCGUGAAAGACCGUCGAGUAGUCGUCGUAAACAGUCGUCACGUAAUCGUCGUGGACAAUCUUCGGGUGAUGGUCGUGAACCUACAGGAGAUAUAAAUGAACGUCCAGAAGACCACCGCGAAUCUUCGGGAAGCCAUCGUGAACCUUCGGCAAACAAACGUGAAGCGUUGGGUGGAGAUAAUCGUGAGCAUUCGGAAGACAAUCGCGACCGUUCGGGAGAUAGUCGUGAACCUUCAGAAAAUAAUCGUGAGCAGUCGAGCAGCCUUCGAACUGAAGCGUCGAGUGGUCUUCGUCAAGAGACGUCGAGUGGCCUUCAGGAGAGGACAUCCACUGAUAAUCAUGAUCCAGAGUCGGUAGAUCGUCGGGAAAGAACGUCUGUCGGUCAUCUUGAAGGAACCUCGGGGGAUGAACGCCGAACAUCUAGAAGUCGUGAAGGCAUUUCAGAAUCUGAAGAUAACAGGAUCAACCCUUCAUCUGUAAACACCAGCAGCUACAUAUCACUACCGACUAAGUUAUAUCCUGACCUUACACAAAUCACACGAACUGACGCUUUCACUAAUACACGCACAACCACUGUUCAAUCCGGGCUUUUCAGUGGGGAUCUUAUCUCCCCUCGGAGAUCCGGUACCUCACUUACUGACAGCCAUGGCUUAGACAGUCAGACCAGGGGUUUAAUCUCCCCUGGGAGUUCUGCUGCUUCCUUACCUGGUCGCCGUGGUUUAGACAGCGAGAAUAACGUCACUGGCACAGAUGACUUAUUGUUUAGAAGUUAUUCAACUGGACAUUCUGGUGUGAGAACUAACACAGCAUUCACGAGAGAUAACCCGAGUAGAGAUUUUACUGCUCCUACCAGCGACAGUGCUCCCAGCCGUGAAACAAAGACCCAGAGCAAAGACAUCGGUGGUCACAACGGAGAAAUCAGCGCUCAGAGGAGAGACGAAAGUGGUCCCAGCCACGAAAUCGGCGCUCAGAGUACAGACGUCGGUGCUCCCAACAGAGAAAUCAGCGCUCAGAGCAGAGAUACUAAUGGUUCCAACAGAGAAGUGAGUUCUCAGAGCAGAGAUACUAGUGGUCCCAACAGAGAAAUCGGCGCCCAGAGCAGAGAUACUAGUGGUUCCAACAGAGAAGUGAGUUCUCAAAGGAGAGAUACUAGUGGUUCUAACAGAGAAAUCAGCGCUCACAGCAGAGAUACUAGUGGUCCCAGGAGAGAAGUGAGUUCUCAGAGCAGAGAUACUAGUGGUCCCAAUAGAGAAAUCAGCGCCCAGAGCACAGAUACUAGUGGUUCCAACAGAGAAAUCAGCGCUCAGAGGAGAGACGUCAGUGGUUCUAACAGAGAAAUCAGCGCUCAGAGCAGAGAUACUAGUGGUCCUAACAGAGAAAUCAGCGCCCAGAGCAGAGAUACUAGUGGUUCCAACAGAGAAAUCAGCGCUCAGAGCAGAGAUACUAGUGGUCCUAACAGAGAAAUCAGCGCUCAGAGCAGAGAUACUAGUGGUCCUAACAGAGAAAUCAGCGCUCAGAGCAGAGAUACUAGUGGUUCUAACAGAGAAAUCAGCGCUCAGAGCAUAGAUACUAGUGGUCCUAACAGAGAAAUCAGCGCUCAGAGGAGAGAUACUAGUGGUUCCAACAGAGAAGUGACUUCUCAGAACAGAGACAUCAGUGCUUCAAGAGAGGUGAACCGUUACCAACAAAGUGGACUCGGGGGUGACAUUCUGGCUUUAACAAGACGCAGUCCUCAAGGGUCAUUUAUGGACGACAGUAGUAUUCGACGACCACCAUUGUACACAUCUGCCCCAAGUAGACCAUCUUCAUCCCCUCCUUAUAGCUACCAUAGAGCAAUAUCUCCCUUGUCCUCACCGCGUGAUGGCGAAGUGGCCGUGUCAAGUUCAUCUAGGUAUGGACCGAGUUCUGUUUCUCGUGCAACUACUGUCACCACGCAAAGCAUGCUGGAUCGUGGAUCUCCAACAGGGUCCGCACUCAGCCCCGAGGGAACACAAGCAGUCGCUAGUGGAGCUGCAGCCGCUUCUAAACAAUUCUCGGAAGAUGGUGUCAAAGGUACAGUGAGAAUUCUGAUAGAUAUAGUAUUGGUACUGAUGCGAUGGUUAGUGCAAUUAAAGAUUGACAGUAUGAGUUAUGUUUUAAAAGUUUGCUCAAAAUUAUUUGCAUGAAAACUUGUCAUAAACCUUGCUCGUCUUGUCAACUUUGCUAAGUUUUUCUACGACAAAUGCACCUGAUCAAAAAGCUAGCGUACUAGGUUUUCAACAAGUUCAUUUCGCAUAGAAAAAUUGGCAAAUUUGCUCGUCAGUGAGUACCAAGAAAGAAUGACAAAGUAAUUUAACACUUGAAUGCUGUUGGACAGCAACAUAUUGUUGUAGUAGCUGUUGUGGCGGCCAGAAAAAACAAAAAUUGUCAAAAAAAUUUUGACAAAUAAAACUUGAAUGAAGAUUUGUCAUAGAAAACCUGCUCAUCUCUAACCCGCUUUAUGACAUGCAAGCUUGGUCGUAUUUAUUGAACUGCUUUUGUGCCUAAUUCCUACACUAUAUUUUCUCAUGUAGAACUUUUGGAAACUCUGAAGAAGAACCAAUCCUCGAGACGAAAGGUUUCUCCAGAGACUUCUCCUCGUGAAAGACUGGGCGCUAGUGAAAUCAGCGCUCUGAGACAGAAACUUGUGGAACGCGACGAAGCAGUGAAAAAACUUAAAGCGAAGAACGCUAGUUACAAAGAGAGGAUUGAACAGCUGCGGGAAAAAGAAAUGGAAUUGACGAAAGCUUUGUCCUUGGCUGAGGUAAGUAUUGGGAUAGAUAUUUUAUUGCAUAUACAUUACAAGUUGUAUUGGAUAUUUUCAAAAGAAAUAUCAGAAAUGUUUAUUCUCGUUUCUUUGUUUUGAAGACAAGUCAGAAAGCGUUAAGGGAGCAAGAGGAAAUCUCGAGUGAAUUGGAGAACGCUCUGGGCGAGAAAGAAAAACAAUUUGCAGAAAUGGAAGUCAAAGUUCUUGAAAUGAAACGAGAAAAACGUCGUAUGGAUGGCGAAUUCGAGCAAGGAAAGAAAGAUUAUGAAAAGAAAAUACAGGAUUUAAGGAAAGUUCAUGUUUUAUUAGAACAAGAGGUGGGUAUGCUGUUGUCUCAUUUCACCUCACAUGUGCUUCCACUCUGAGUUUUAUUAAACCCUGCUUGUGUGUGUUUGCUUUUCAGGUUAAAACACUUCGUGAAAAAUCAAGACAGACGUCUUCGAAAUACUCGAAGGACUACAAGGAAGUAUUGGAAAAAUGUCAGGAAUAUCUCGCUGUCUCUGCCAGCCUCAAAGACCAAGUACAAACAUUGGAAAAAGAAAACAAAGAUCUUAAAGAAAAAUUAAAGAUUGUAACUCGGUCAAGGCAAGAAAACCUUACAAGCGGAGACCACUAUCCAUCAUCUCGUCUAGACCAUCAAGAUUACUCCUCCAUCAAUACAAGCAGAGAUCACUAUUCAUCUCGUCCAGAUCAUCAAGAUCACUCCUCCAUCAAUGGUUAUCUAGACACUAACCCAUCACAUGAUCGACACCAAUUCGAUAGUUUACAAAGUCAAACUGACCCUCCACGACACUAUUCUAGCAAUGACCGAUAUCUGCCGACCACUACGCGCGAUUCUACGACUAAUACCCGGUCUCCAUACGAUAGUCACCGACCAGUGCUCGAGAAUUCCCGAUCCCAACCCGAGAGUACCGAUCACCGUACGAAUCGCUCCCGACCUCUGUCGGAAACAACCCGUCAACUCGACGAAAUGUUACGAGAUCGUCCCGAGAGUCGCCGAGGUCGAUCCGAUAUCUACGGGUCAGAAAGUUUUGAAACGAGUCCUCGUGUUGAAAGAUCUCGGAGUAGGGAAUCGAGAAGUCGUCAACGUUUGACGACUGCUGACGAUGUGACAUCGAGGACUUCCGAUCGUGAUUACAGGUAUUUGCUUCCAAAGCGCAGUCACAGCUCAGAUGCCAUCAGAAACGAGUUUCCAGACGCGUCACGGAGUAAGAUCUCACCCAGUCAAGAGAGAGGAAGUCAAGAGCUGGACAGAAGAAGCAAAGAUAGAUCACGUUUAUAUCAUUCAGGUAAAAUGAGACUAUCGCAAUUUCUAUCUAGACACCAGCAGUUGAAACAUUGAAGGUUCACAGUGUAAUAUUUAUUGCAGGUUCCUAUGAUCAUCUCAACUCAAGAUCUACAACCUCCACCCAGACCAGGGACUUGGCCCUCACAGGCCAUCGUGUAGACUUCUCCCCCACCUCUCCUGACCCCUCCCCACGUUCCGAGCGAAGACCUAGUCCCGGGAAAGGUAGCCCCUUCGCCCCUGACACCCCCCAACAGAUUGACAUAGGAAUGACUGUAUUGGUGAGCCGACAUCGUGGAGGGUUAUGCAAGGGAAUUGUUCAAUAUGUUGGGUAUUUACCUGAUAAAGAAGGCAAGGUGUAUGUUGGCCUAGAACUUAAAGAUGCAGGUAAGUUUUUAAGAGAAGAAUUGUAUGUCAUCCAGGGACAUCUAAUGUAUGUUAGAAAACGAAGUGGGUGCCAGCCGUCUUUUAUAACAUAAUGUGAAGUGUUUUAAAAACACCAUUUCGUGUGGACGAUAUAAAUUGUGGUAUCAACACAACGCAGCUGGUUUCCUGUGUUCUGCUCGUGAAUCAUUAAUUACAAAUGCGAGAAAUAAAUGAAAAGUAUUACUUUAGUUGUGUUGUGUUGUGUUGUGUUGUGUUGUGUUGUGUUGUGUUGUGUUGUGUUGUUCGACGUAAUAUUUCAGUUGUUAAUGACGUUCGUUUCUUUUUUAGAAGGCAAACAUGAUGGAACAUUUAAUGGGCAACGAUUUUUCAAAUGGUAAGAUAAAUAUCUCAAAUUCCGUCUGGUCCAUAUAAAUUUAUACAGGAUAGCUCGACUGGUACUAAGCUCAUCUUUUGUUCUCUUCUCUCAUUGUAUUUUAUGAUUGAUUUUUAUUUCAGCAAAACGAACCGUGGCGUGUUUGUUCCAUUUGAAAAAAUAGUGAUGGCGUACACGUGACUGACUCAUGAUAUGUAAAUAUAAACGCAUCGCAUCCAAAAAAUCUCGCGUCUUGUCGCCAGGCAGGUUGUAUGAAACCAAGUAGAUACUAGUGUCCAAUCAGAAUCCCGUAUUGUACCUUUACUCCUCGUUCAAACCCUACGCACGUAAAAACGCACAAGUUGUAACAAACCUGCAGCAGACUUGUAGCAAUGCUGUUCCAACAACCUGUCAACAGGAUGUGUUCGCACUGCUUGUUCCCAGCUUGUUGACAACUUGUCAACGGCUUGUUCACAACUUGCUACAAGGUUGUUGAGCUCAACAGACUUGUUAUACAAGUUGUUCCAACAACUUGUUAUCAUCUUGCAAUUCAACAAUUUCUCAACAAGUUGUGAGUGACAGCCUUGUAGCAACUUGAUAAAAUAACAGCAUUGUUACAACUUGUUGACAAGCUUGCUACAAACCUGUCGCGAACACAUCGUGUUAACAAGUUGUGAGAUUUUUACGUGUGUACAAUGGACCAUUGCAAAUGAGUGUAGGUUGUGUGUCGUUUGAACUCGGCGUAAAAAUCACGUAAAAUCUCACAUCUUGUAGCAAGUCUAUCAACAAGCCGUCAACAAGUUGUGUUCGCACUGCUUGUGCCAAAUUGUCACCAAGUUUGGAAAAACUUGUAACAACCUUGUUGAUAUUGUCAGACUUGUUGCAAGGUUGUUCGAACAAGUCCUAUACAGUCAUGAUAUAACAAUAUUGUUACAACCUUGUGUCGUUAACCUUGUAACAUUCUUGUUAUAUCAUGGCUGUAUCAGACUUGUUACAAUAACAAGUUUGAUAAUGCCAUCAAGCUUGUUACAAGUUGUUAACAACUUGUUCCAAACUUGUCACAACAACUGGGAACAAGCAGUCCGAUUUGUAAUAACUUGUUUGCAGACCUGUAACAAUCUGAAAUCUCGCAGCUUGUCAACAAGAUGUGUUCGCACUGCUUGUUCCCAGUUGUUGGGAAAAGUCUUGAAAAGUCUGGAACAAGUUGUUAUCAUCUUGACUGUAUGACUGUAUCAGAUUUGUUAGAACAACCUUGUAACAAGUUUGAUAAUGCCAUCAAGCUUGUUGCAACUUGUUAACAGCUUGUUUCAAACUUGUUACAACAAGCAGUACGAAUCACGACUUGUUGACAGCUUGUGAACAGAUUUCUAAUAACUUGUUUGCAGACCUGUAACAACUUGUGCGUUUUUACCUGUGUACACGCUACAAAUCUCACAGCUUGUCAACAAGAUGUGUGCGCAGCACUGUUUGUUCCCAGUUGUUGACAAGUCUGGUACAAGUUGUUAUCAUCUUGUAACAAGGUUGAUGAGGCCAACAGACUCGCAACAAGUUGUUCCAACAAGUCUGAUAUCGUCUGCACGUAACAAGUUGUUAACAAGUUGAUGACAACAAGCUCGUAGCAACUUGUUACGAACAGCCUGUAUUAGUCUUGUUGGAACAACUUGUAGCAAGUCUGUUACCGGAAAGCUUUGUAACAAGUUGUGAGAUUUUAAGGCGUAGUUUGUAGCUAAUUUAUAUACACAGAUUUUUAACACAUAUAGCAUCAAAAUUCUUACUUGAAUAAUAAUCAGAGAAAAUGAUCUAUGAUUUCAAAACAAUUUACGCCAGUUUGAUUUACAACGAAGUAGGAAUAUCAAGCAACCCUAGGCUAGGGUCAAGUGAGUCUAGGACAAAGUUGAAUGUCAUGUUGAUUUAUAACACAAGGAAUACACAACGUAUUUCAUGGCAACAGACAUCGCUCAAACAUAUCGUGUUGAAGGCUUUCUUCGACGCCUCAACAAGUAGUUUAAGGCCUGGGCAAACUAGGAAACAUUGUUGCGGAAAGAGUGGGUAAACACUAGGAAACAUUAGUGAGAAACAUAGCGAAACAUCAAAUGUUUCUGAAUUCGCUAGAAAACACUUUUGCUUCUCGGGAAGCAAAUUUUGUUUCCACAACAAUGUUUCCACGGGUGGACAAACAUGGAAACAUUUGAGGAAACAUCGAGAAUCACAAAAGUUUCCACAACAAUAUUUCCUUGUUUGUCCAGGGCUUUAGGACGCCGCUUUUUGGAACAAUUAUUUUUUUGGUUGUGUUCAAGAAUCACCUCUGUGCAUGAGAGCAAUGUCAAUGAAAUUUGUUCGCGCGAACAGCAAAAAAGUACGAACUGAUCAAUGCCAUCAUUUCACAUUUGUUUUUCGCUUCGCGCGAAUGCCUAGUGGAAAAUGUGCUUCAGAAAUCGGC